UUUAUUGAAAAAAAUGUUACAACUUAGGAAUGUUACCGCUCCAUAGCUGUAAGAGUGAUUUUAUUUUGUGUUAUUCUCUUUUAUUAUGGAAAAAGUUUUAUCACUGAAAGCUAGUGAGUUAGUAUUGAGCUAAAGGAGGCAAAUUACAAAAAAGGUUGAUUGUGAUAAUUAAGCCUUUAAACCUUAACCUUAACCUUUAAGAUCAAUAUAUUUUCCUUGUGUUUGUGUGUGUUUUUUGUGAAUUGAGACCAGUCUGACAUGUCCGGCCUCCCUAAGAGCACCUCCCUCACCCUCUCACGGUCAACAGGUGACAGCGAAUGAGGUAAAGGCACACCUACCUUUAAACCUCCUGGUCUCUCACAAAGCACCACUUUCUCAGCCUCUGCAGCACAGCAAGUUGAGGAUCACGUGUUAUUUACACAAAUACCUCUCAGGAGGAAAGAAAGAACAAAAUCAUCAAAAUGCCAGCCAGCCUCUGUGGUACAUGGGACAUGAUAAGCUGUGUCAAUGCUGAAGGAUACAUGAUUGCACUGGGUAUCAGCCAGUGCUUGAGAAAGAUUGCUGUGAUGCUGAAGCUGAAGAAGGUGAUUGAGCAGCAGGGCGACCAGUACAUCAUCAAAACUUUCAGCGUCUUUCGAAACUACACUGUUUCCUUCAGAGUAGGGCAGGAGUUUGAGGAGUUCACCCAGGGACUGGACAACAGGCAUCUCAAGUCGCUGGUGACAUGGGAGGGGAACAAACUGGUGUGUGAACAGAUCGGACAGAAGAAGAAACGGGGCUGGAGUCACUGGAUUGAAGAUGACAAGCUACAUCUGGAGAUGUACUGUGAAGGAGAAGUCUGCAAGCAGGUCUUUAAGAAGAAUGCGUAAUCCACCUUUUUAAACCCGAAAAAACAAAACAACAAUAAAAGUUAAGUUUGUGGUAUUAUUACUGUAAUGUGACUUCAAUGAUCAGUCCAGGAGAAAAUUUCUCUCCUUUCAGGGUUUGGAUAUACACCACCAGAUGGCAUCACUGCAUUAUUUUUUGUAAAAUACUGGUCUUCACUGGUCUGUAGCUAAAUGGUCCUUAGAUAAUAACAAAACAAAUGAAAAUCAAGCCUGUUACUGGUGCUUUUAAGCUGGCUUAAGACUCAAUGCAGAUGCACACUCAUUUAAUGCAAUACUGUUUCCUUUAAAUCUCUAUCAGCUGGUUGGGACCAUUUUUAAAUACAUCUUUUUUUUGCAGUGGCUUGUGCUAUUCAUAGGACAUUUGGUUGAGUUAUUUGUAAAAAAUAAAAAAUAAAAUCACCCAUUCAUGUAAAUACUUUUAUACACAAUG